AUGGCCGACGAGAAGACCUUCCGCAUCGGCUUCAUUGUGCUGGGGCUCUUCCUGCUGGCCCUCGGCACGUUCCUCAUGAGCCACGACCGGCCCCAGGUCUACGGCACCUUUUACGCCAUGGGCUGCGUCAUGGUGAUCGGGGGCGUCAUCUGGAGCAUGUGCCAGUGCUACCCCAAGAUCACCUUCAUACCUGCUGACUCUGACUUCCAAGGCAUCCUAGCCCCAAAGGCGCUGGGCCUGCUGGAGAAUGGGCUUGCUGCUGAGAUGAAGAGCCCCCAGCCCCCAUACGUCAGGCUGUGGGAGGAGGCCGCCUAUGACCAGAGCCUGCCCGACUUCAGCCACAUCCAGAUGAAGGUCAUGGGCUACUGCGAGGACCCUUGCCCACUGCUGGCCCCCCACCUGGGACAGCCACAGCUGGGCGCCAGUGAUGGAGGAGAAGGUGGCCCCCGUGAUGCUCAGGGCUGGAUGGAGGCUGCGGUGGUCAUCCACAGGGCCUCAGAUGAGGACGAGGGAGAAAGCAACCCAACUCCAAGCAGGCCUGGCCUCCAGGCCUGUCCCCAGGGACCUGCACCCUUGGCUUCCUUCCAAGAUGACCUGGACGUGGGCUCCGAUGAGGGCAGCAGCCCCAACCCCUCUCCCCCGGAGGGGGAGGAGCCUCACUGCCCGCCUCGGGAGCCCCGGGCCUGCAAGUGCCAGCUGGACCGCUUCCACGACUUUGCCCUGAUCGACACCCCCACGGCAGAGGGUGCGUCUCUGGGGGGCCAGCGGCGGGACACUGCCCUGUCCAGCUACUGGCAGCCAUCCCGGGGGAUGAAAGAGGAGGAAGAGAAGGCUUCAGACCCAGGUUCAGAGCAGUCAGAGCGGGAGGAGGAAGACUUGUACUAUGGGCUGCCGGACAGCCCUGGGGACCCCCUCCCGGACAAGGAACUGGGCUUUGAGCCCGAUGCCCAGGCCUGAGAUGCAUCUGCUCCCUGGGUUCUAGCCCUGCACCACUGCUAACCCGCAUGCGACCUCACAGGGCCUCAGUAUCCCCUGUCUGCGCAAUGGGGUUAUGUGGAGGUUCAUGCCAGACAGCGGGCCCGAGACCACUUGCAGUGCUCAAGGCGGUGCCUAGGGAUGGGGUGCUUGCUGUCCGGGCUCUCCCACUGUUCACUUUCUUUGGGGAAGCGUUGAAGGUAAAAUAGGAUUCACUGAGAAGAACUGCAGCCACUGGGGCCCUCAAGAGCCUCUUCUGCCUCCCCACGAAGCGGGCCUCUG